AAUCUUAUAGGCAACAAACUAUUGAUUAGUAGUGUAUAUAGCUAAUAUUUUAUUUGACAUGUUCUACAUGUAAUUUUAUUUGUAAACGUGUUUUUGAGCUACUCUUAUCUCCGUAGUUUUUAUGAUUCCCAAUAACCUUGUAGUCUCAGGAAGUGGAGCCUCUCCACAGCACUCUUUACAAACCAAAGGUCCCUUGGCUUAUCAUUGGUUUAAUGCCGUUACAUGGGAACCGUCAUGAUUCAGUCAUGCCAGAGACACUUUGCAACUGCAGAUUUCCACUUUAAUUGGUAGGUUGAGAAUUCUAUAAAUGUUUUCUUUACGAUUGUUUUGGGUUGUUAUUUUUUACAGAUUAGGAAUUUGUUGUUUAAAAUAAGUGUUUGAUUGUUGGUCAUGAAGCUCAGAUUAUAUCCACAGUGUGCAUGUUAUCAGAAUUAACUGAUGGGAAAGAAAGAAGCUUGUUUAGCAUUAAGUAAAACCUACAAAUUAUUUGUGUACCACCUUCCACAAUACAUAUCCAUCCAAGCACUUUUUAAAAACCUCCAGUGCAGCUGGGAUUUUAGAGUAGAUUUAGAGGAACCCCUGUUCAUCCCCCUGUGAUACUAAAAUCUUCACAAUAUACAAGAUGCUCAGUUGUUUUUUUGUGUAGACUGAAGUAUUAUUUGAGUCGUCUAUCAUCCAUGAUUGCUCAUGUGGAUUACAGGGCUCACAUUGACAUUAAAAUGUGUGAGAGGAGUAAAGUUUAUGUAUAGUAUGUAGCUUGAACAACCAGAUACAUAUAAAUUUGUUCAAGUCACAUCUCGUACACAUUUGAGUGCUGGAUUGCUAUCUUCUUUUCAUAAUUGUAAAUACAUCAUAAGUAGACCCAAAGUGUUUUCAGUAAAGCAUGUAAGCUCCUCUCUUUUCUUAAAACAGUGUAACAACUCUAUAUUACUGACAAUAGCUUUAUAUAAAAUUGCUUCUUUAGCAGAUGGCUUCUAAUUGUUGGCUUCUUUUUUCUGUGAUGCCUUUUUAUGAUCAGUUGGCUUUAUAGGACCUCGACAUUACCAAUGUUUAAACAGGACAUCUGGUGACCAUAUUUAUAAAAGCAUAUCUCAGGACAAGGUCUUGCCCCCAGUGUAACCUGAUUCCAUAGCUUCUGAUUUAUUCUGGUCCUCAAUUUCACAGUCAUCAAUUAAAAAUGCUCACAUUUUUGUUCAUACUAAAUUAAACUCUAUGGUUAUUGCUACUUAUUGACUAUUUAUCACUUUUCUUUGCCCCUACUGACCCCAUUUGUACCAGAGCGGGGACGGCAGAGCAAAUUCCAGCCAUUCCGGCGUCUAUUUGGGAAGAAGAAAAGGAGGGAAGCAGAACGUGGGUUUGAGGGAUCUGAACUUAAACCUAGCCUUUCCACUGAUGAUGUUUGCAAUGGGGUGGUCUCAGUUGAGGAGGAAAAUGACGAGUGUUUAAGAGGACUCAGAGAAGACAUAUCCAGGACAGACAAUGUCCCAGGAGAACGUUUCAGACAAAGUUAGGAACAUUCAGAGGCAAAUUGGACAUAAUAUCAAAUUUGGUCAGAGACCUCCUUCACUUAGAAAGAGUGAGGGAGAUGAAGGUAGCUCAGAUGAAGAAGAGGUACCACAAAGUCCACUGAAGGUUCUUGCUCAGGUGGAGAAUGAGCCACCAGAGACCGAAGCCGAGGAAAAAGCUGUCAGCCAUGACCCGGUCCAGCACAAAACUCCAGUCAAAUCCCCACGCACCAAACGCCCACCUCCCCCUGGCACAAUUGAGUCCAUCAAUCUCGAUGCUGUCCCUCAGUCUGUCCCACGCUUGGACAACACUGCUGCCAAACAUAAACUGUCUGUCAAACCGAAAAACCAGAGGGUGUCACGCAAACACCGAAGGUUCACACAGGAGUUUCAUGAAGAGGAUCUCUCUGAAAUGCAAGAGGAAUCUGAAACACAAAAAGACGAAGAAGUCUUUGAUUUGUCAAGAGAGGACUAUACCAUUAUCCAUAGAAACAAAGAGGAUUAUGAACCCACUGAGAAAUCGAUGAAGCGACGAUUUCACAAGGAGGAGCUUGAACACCUUGAGCUUCAGAGAAGGGAACAAGAGGAACAGAGCAAGAUGGAGGAACAAGGGAGGAGAAUCGAGGAGCAGAGGCUAGAAGAAGAAAAGCGACGUGGUCAGGAAGAGGAAAGGCUGCAAAAGGAGGAAGAGGAGAGGAAGCAACGAGAGGAAGAGGCAAGGAAAGAAAGGGAAGAGGAAGAAAGAAGGAGAAAAGAGGAAGAGCGAAAAAGGCAAGAUGAGGAAAGAAUGAGGAGAGAGGAAGAGGAAAGAAGAAGAGCAAAGGAGGAAAGAAGGCGGCAUGAACUUGAGGUGGAGCGUCUUCAUCUGGAAGAGGAAAGAAAAAGGGAGCAGGAUGAGAGAAGGAGAAAAGAGGAGGAAGAACAACGUAGGAUUCAAGAGUUAGAGGAGAAACAGCAGAGAGAGGAAGAGCAACGUCUCCGUGAGGAGGAAAGGAGCCGACAAGAGGAGGCUGAGAGGAAAAGACUAGAGGAGGAGGAGGAGGAAAGAAAGAGGAAACAGAAAGAGGAGAAAGCUGGGACUACUGACCCAGAAUGGAAAAGAAAAGCAGAGGAAGUAAGAUGGAAAGAGAUGGAGGAGAGACAGAGACCCUUUACUUUCAAGGUCUCUUCAGGCGAGAAGCAGAUACUAUUCCAGAAGGUCAACCUCACUCCUGUUACUCCAUCAACUGGCCAACAGGGUGAAACAACAGCUGAAACCAGGGAGGGAGCCAAAGCUUCUUCACCAGGAUGCACAGAUUCACCAACUUUGUCUUCAUCUCUUUAUGUCCCACAUACUGCAAUUCUUGUGACAGGAGCCCAACUUUGUGGAACCGCAGUCGAUCUCGAUCAGAUCAAGGACACAGCCUGCAAGUCCCUUCUUGGCCUUUCAGAAGGCAAAAAGGCCAUGGGCACUCCUCCAACCAAGAGCAAGACUUCUCCAGAUCGUAAAUCUGGAAAAACCAAAUCCUUAUACGAGUCUUCCUUAUCUGCAGACCAUUCCAAUGCUGCUGUCCUGGCAGAAUGGGCAAGUAUCCGAUCCAAAAUUUUUAAAGGUGCUGAGGACGGAAAAUAUCCAGAAUACCCAGAUCAGAGUCGCAGGCCAAUAAGUGAGGAUCUAAAUACAGUGCCAUUCUCUCACACCAACCUCAGGAAAACCAUGUCAGCCAGUGCUAAGUUUUCAAUAACUCCAGCUAGAAAGAAAUUUGCUGAUUCCAACAGGAACUCAGAGAGUUUUGGUCAGGAAGACAAAGAAUGUGUGAAAAUAGAAUCACCAUCUAUGGAAACUCCCUCUGUUCAAAAAUCAGAGUUGCCCUAUUUAAAUAUCAAGAUCCAGAACAGGGGAAGCAAAGUUGUCCGCAUUGCAGAUAGUGCUGAAGAAUGCAUGUUUGCCAAAGACCUCCCCUCCUUCCUUGUUCCCAGUCCGCCACAUGGAUCUCCCAAGUCACAGAGGUCCGAGACUGGAUCCAUAAUUCAGGCAGAAUCAGAAGACUUGGAUGCAAAGGACGAAGGGGAUCAGAAGUAUCAGAGUGGUGAUGAGCCGCCCUCACCUUUUGGAAUCAAGUUGAGAAGAACCAAUUACUCUCUUCGCUUUCACAAUGAGCAAUCUGCAGAGAAGAGGAAAAAAAGGUACAGUGCAGGAGACAGUUUUGAAGGUGUCCCAGUGCCUCUCACCUCCAUUGACCAAGAUUCGGACACUUCUACACUCUCUGAAAAGUCUAGCCCUGUUUCUCCGCAACAAGAGAUUACCGGAUUUCGAACCGCUGCAGCACCCAGUAAAGAAUCUCAAAUUAAGUUUAGCAGAAAUACUCUCUCUUUGGCACGCACUGAAGGUGACAACUUUGUCCCCAAGCCUCCACUUUACCAAAAACCAGCUACCUCCCCCAAACCAUCUGAAGGUGCCACACCUCCACCCUCUCCUCUCCCGAAACCUGGCAGUAGGACUUUGGGGGACAUGAUUUUACAUAGGACAGGGCAAGCAGAACUGGUGGAAACUGAGCAGAACAGUGAUCAUAAGGAAGAAGUUGCAGCAUCUCUACCAUCCCAGAAAAACAGACAAGGAGAGGAGGAGCUAAAAGAAAAGAAGUCAUUUUUUCCAUCCAUUAGCAUCCCAUGGAGAGAAAAAACAGAUCGCAGGACAGAACUCAUUAAAAAAGAAAAGCCCUCUCUGCAGGCCAGGCACUCUCUGGACAGCUCACGGACACAGGAGAAAGAGACAGGACCACUUUGGAUCACUCUGGCACUGCAAAAACAGAAAGGCUUCAGAGAACAACAGCAAAACCGAGAUGAUAGGAGGAGCCAGAGAGAAGCUAAGCUGGCUGAGAAACAGGCUAAGGGCAGAGAUAGUGCUGGAAUGGUCAGUCCCACAGAGGAUAAGGGCAGUGGAAGUUCCAGCGCUCCAAAACCUCAAACAACAGAUGAGAAUAAGAGACCAGACACACUCCUGGCCCGUUUUGAACGACGUGACAACUUGAAGAAAGCCAGUACCUUGCCCAGUUCAGUCACAGUAGAAAUUACAGACUCUACACCAUCUCCGCCAACAACAAAAGAUGUGACAAAGCGCUUCCCUCCUGGUGACACUUCCCAGGUUUCUACUGAGCCUGCGUGGCUUGCCCUAGCAAAGCGUAAGGCCAAAGCCUGGAGUGACUGCCCUCAGAUCAUCAAGUGAUCCAUUGCUGCUGACCAGUGAAAAAGCAAAUAAGUCAUCUCCUUCAUCCACAUCUUUAGCCAUCACAGCACCCCAGCUCACCUCUUGCUCCGAACAAAAAGUCUAUAAUUUACUUUCUAGCAUUUCAGAAUACUUGGUAUUUUAGUGACAAAAUAUUGUACCAAUAUUCAGAUUCACUAAGGAUAAACAAUUAUAUCAACCCAUCGGUCUGGUUUUCAAAAUACUGGAUUAUUGCAACAACAUGCAUCAAAAGAAUAUUUACUAAUUUGUGUCACAGCCAAUCAAACAAGCCCUAUAAUCUUCAGAGAAGUUGCAGCCCUUCAUAUCUUUGAAGUCGCCAGUGGUUAACAGUGUAUAUACACUAUGCAUGCCAAACUGUUGAUUCUAGAUAUUACUAAAACAAUAUGAGUAGUUCACAUUACGUACAAAUUUCAAAAUUUCAAGUAAAACAAGAAGGUGUGUUAUUGCUUUGGUGAUAAAUCUGGGAAGCAAUUCAAGGGCUAAUAAUAACACAGCUGAUGAAACCUUCACAAAUUCCACUCCUGGCUCCCACAAGCAUGUAAAUCAGAGAAACGGCUGUGUAAUUUAAUCCCCCCCCCCCCAUGUAUUCCAGUUGACACUCAUAGACCUUGCUGAUGGACAGACGUUGUCACUUUUUUAUUUCUUAACUUAUUAUAUUUGAUAUCUUGGCAAAGUAAAAAGAUCUUCACUGUGUCCGUGACAACUGUGAGUACUUUUAUUUUAACUAUUGUUAAAACUCAUCAUGAUAAUGACACGUCAGCACUGUUUACUCAUGUAAUUAACUAACAAUGAAUUUUUCCUUCAAGUUUCCAUGACAUCAUAGUAUAUAUGCACUUGAACCGUGCUGUCAAUUGAUUAAAAAUCUACUUCUUGCAGUGUCUAUACCCGCCUGUUUCUGUAGAACUGGUUGCCUGGGAUCCGCCUGCUUGCUGUAACAUAAACAAUGCUAUCCUGGCGUAGAGUGUGCUAGCAUCUCUUUUACCACUAAUGAGCAAAACCUGCAUCACGGCUAAGUGAUGGGAGAUCAGUGUUUCAAAUGCAACGUCCCAGUGUGGAGGGGAGUAGGAACAAGAAGUCUAGCUAAUGGAAAUAUCCUUUAGAAAAAAGAAAGCAUUACUAGUGAGAGAACGAAUGGACUAUUAAAUGGACAUCACCUCUAUGUCCUUGAAUAAGGCAGCUAACCCCAGAUCGCUCAAUAGAGGAUUGUCCUUGUAGGUGAAGUUGCUCUGGAUAAAAAGGGUCUGCUAAAUAAUGGUUAUUAAACGGAAGCCUUGAUCUCUCAGCAGAGCCACUGACUCCACUAUCUAAUGUAAUGUUGUACGUAUGUAAUGUAUGUAGGUAUGUAUAGAAGUGAAAUGAAGCGGACUGUAGUCCUUUGGAGAUCUCCUGAACUGCAGUCGGGUCAAUUUGUUUUUACAUUGGUCGUGUGCAAUAGUGUAGCGUAAACAGUGUUGUAUGUUAUAUAAAACAAAAAGUUUGUUGAUAAUUGCACUUUUUUUGUUCCACUUUAUAAAAAUCCAUUACAGAAAAAGUGACGCAUAUGUUAUGAAAUAUGUGGAAAGAAUUAAAGGAAGCUGUUUGAA